UUGUUUGUAAUUUUGAGACGUAUGAAACUUAAACAUACUCACACUUCAUACUACAUCAAAACUACACCUCUUUUGGUAGAAAAGUCAUAAUAAACACUCACAUCGCAUGUAAUUGGCAUAACAACCAAGCUCAUGGAAACCAGGGGAACAAUCCAAAUUAACCAAAAGCAUGUUCAUCAACGCAAACGAAUUCGUUCUGUUCGGCUAAUACAUGUAUUAAUCAUGCCGCUUUAGUCAGCUCCUGCUCUAGUCCACCGUUUAUCUAUACACCCGGCUCGCCGAACCGAGCCCAGCAAUGAUUAAUGCACACGGAGUACAUCAUUAAUAAUUUUCUCCAGGUGAUACGUGCGUAUAAGCCGAUGGCAAUGCCCGCCGCUCAAUCAUCCCCGCUACAUUAUGUUUUAUUCAAUCGGAAAGUGAAUGAUAAAAAUGGCUCAUCAAAACGUUAUCAGUGGCGGGUGGAUCCCAUUAAUUGAGCCACAGUACACCGGCCGCUGUCGGACCUUAAGUGUCAUCACUUCGUUGCGCAGUGCUCACAAAGCCAACACAAACAAACAAGCGCGCGCGCGCUCCAAACAAACCAGCAAGCCAAAUGCUGUUACUGUUUUCCCUCUACUUCAAUCUGCUGCUCAGCUACGCCGCCGGUCUGGUGCCGUUCCGGUACAACUUUCGCAAAAGACGCUUCGACACAUGCAAACCGUUCGUGCCGGUUGCAACCGUACUGCUGCUGCUGUUCGCCGCGGUACAGUACAGGCUCGGCCGGUUGCCGGAACGCAUGAAGAUUCCCAAGGUGGGCAUGCAGGACAUCAUACACGCGGUGGAAAACUUGGUCCUCAAUGGGAACUGUGUGCUGAUCGCGGUGCAACAAUUGCUCUUUCUCGAAACCUACCGGCAGCUUCUUACCGACCUGCUGGCGGGUGUGCGUGCCCUGGCGCGCCGCACCACGGUCGCACUGGGCGAGCAGGUGCAACUGCUCGUCCAGCUCGUGCUGCUGCCGUGCGCCACCUACACGCUCCACGUGUCCGUCUACAUAACGCUGAUUGAAUGGGCGGAAAUCAGCAUCGUCCAGGCGGUGCUGUUCAUGGUCAGCCUCAUACCCAACAUAGCACACGUGAACAACUUUUACGCCCUGCUGUUUGUGCAGCGAUUGACGCUCGGGGAAAUCAACGACAUGCUCGCCGACCUGUGGACCAUCUGCAUACGGCCCGGUGCGAACGAAUUGCUUCCGCCGUCCCGCCGGCUGCAACUACACCUGCAGCAGUACCAACAGUGUGCCGGCAGUGUGCAGAAGAUACUGCCCUACUACUCCCUGUCGGUGGCGCUGUACUUGUUAAUUUUGUUCCAAGAGCUCAUGUCGAAGUUCUUCUAUCAAUUUACCCACUUUUACACACUCUCGCUUGGGAAUCCAAGCCCGCACAUACUCGAAGCAAUGGGUACGAUGAUGAUUCUGGUGUACGGUAUGUAUACGGCACAGCUGAUUGCCGAGUGUUAUGCAAUUUCGGAAAAGAGUCAAAAGAUCAAAUCGACCGUUCAUCGCCUAUCGCUGAUUCCCGGGCAGGAUCGAUACUUCCACGCGACUAUCAACACUUUCCUGCUGUCGCUUAACCACUCGAUGCUGAAAAUAAACAUUGCCGGCAUGUUUACGAUGGACUUUGAGCUGCUCACGGGGAUGUUGGCAGCCAUCUCUAACUUUGUAGUGUUGCUGAUGCAGUUUCACAUCGACUACAGCAAGAGCAAGAUAUCAUAUUGGCAUGGGAAUAACUCAUCGAAACCGCUCACUGUUAGGAGUUGAAAAAUGCAACCGGAAUUGUUGCUACUGCCUUAAGAAACAUGUUACAAUAAAAU